AUGCAGCUUGGCGCUGGAGGCCAUCAGUUCAUCGAAUCCAAGUUCGCCGCCAAGCCGGAGGACGCCAGGAAGAAGGACGGCACGCUGACCAGUCUGGCGCUCCGCGUGCAUCGCUACCGGCUGCGCGCCUUCCUGCAGCUGCACAACAUGGCCGACCUCGCCUCCGACAUACGCCACAUGGCCGACACGGACAUGAGCAAGGCGUUCAUUGAGAGCUACAAGGAGUACCUGAGCGGCCAGGGCCGCGCCGCCGUCUCGGUGCUCAACCGGGUGGCGGCCAUGACGCUGCCGGCGUACCGGGCCACCGGCGAGCACGUGCCCACCAUGUACUACAACAACCUGGCCUGCAUCCACCACUACCUCAACAAGCCCAACGUGGCCGCCUACUACCUGCAGAAGGCGAUGGCCGAGAACGAUGCCGCCACCGCCGUGCCGCAGACCAAGGCCGAAGGGGACCGGUACGGCAGCGUGCCGAUCCACACCAUCGGCGGCUCGCGCCAUUACGAAAUCGUCUACAACAUGGGCCUGGCCAGCCUGCACGCCGGCCGGCCGAAACGGGCGUUCGACUGUCUGACGGAAGCGAUCCAGGUGUACCACACCAACCCGCGCCUCUGGCUGCGGCUGGCCGAGUGCUGCGUCAUGGCGCACAGACAGGAGCGGCACGGCGAGCAGGGCGCCGGUGGGAAGCGGCAGGGCCUGAUUCAGGGCACCAUCGGCGCUGGCACACACCGCAAGCUCGUGCUGCGCCCCACGACCACGCCCAGCAGCGGCUCUGACCAGGUGUCGGCGGCCAUCCCCAACCCGACGCUGGAGUUCGCCUCGCUGGCGCUGCGCAACGCCUGGCUCAUCCUGGGCGAGGACGGCGAAGGCGAGAGCCCGGUCACAGUCGAGCCCGCCAACCCGGUCACGCCCGACCAGGUGCAGACGAUCCGGUGCUCGGUGCUCUCGGCCGCCGCGUACGUGCACUUGUGCCUGGGUGACCCGGUGCUGGCGCUGGAGCACGCCUGCAAGCUGCUGCACCAGCGGCUGCUGGCGCCCGUCCAGCGCCUGCUGGGCCACCUGUACGCCGCCGAGGCUCUGGUGCUGCUCGAUCGCGUGGACGAGGCGCUCGAGCAUCUCAGUCACGAGCUGGGCGGGGACAUGUCUCUGCACGCGCCGGGGGUGACGCCGUCGCCGGUGGAGCAACAGUGGUACCCGUCCACGCCCCUAGGGGCGCGCAUGUGCCUGCAGUAUAACAUGGCCGUGGUGCGGACCAUCCGCGGCGAGCUGGACCGGGCCUGGGACCUGCUCAGAGUGAUGAACCCGUCGUCUCCGGAGGUGCCGCCGCAGGUGGUGCAGCUGGCGCUGUACCUGCAGCUGAAGCACGGGAACCUGGACAUCGUGCGAUCCAUCAUCAAGCAGCACUCGCCGCAGUACCGCUAGUGGCCGCCAGGCGACCACGUCCUUCGGGCCGCCGCCGGCGCCGGCCCCCGGGCGUCGCUCA